CCGCGUCUUCUUCAGUUGCCCGGGCUGCGCGAGGCGAGCAACGUUGCAGUGAUUCGGUUUUUUUCUUUGAUUUUUCUUUAAGAAACCCAAAACCACUAUAAUUACAAUUUAUUUCCUUAGGUGCUGCUGCAGCGCGAGAGCUUAGCCUAAGACCAACAACAUGUCCAUCCUUAAGAUCCGUGCCCGUGAAAUCUUCGACUCCCGUGGGAAUCCCACCGUUGAAGUAGAUCUCUACACCAACAAAGGUCUCUUCCGUGCUGCUGUUCCCAGCGGAGCUUCAACUGGUAUCUACGAAGCCCUAGAACUCCGUGACAAUGACAAGACUCGCUUCCUGGGCAAAGGUGUCUCAAAGGCUGUUGAGCAUGUGAAUAAAACUAUCGCGCCCGCCCUGGUUAACAAGAAUAUAAGCGUGGUGGAGCAGGAGAAGAUUGACAAGCUGAUGAUUGACAUGGAUGGAUCCGAGAACAAGUCUAAAUUUGGAGCGAACGCAAUCCUGGGGGUCUCCCUCGCGGUGUGCAAAGCUGGUGCGGCGGAGAAGGAGGUGCCUCUCUAUCGCCACAUCGCCGAUCUUGCCGGGAAUAAAGAGGUGGUUUUGCCAGUGCCGGCUUUCAACGUGAUCAACGGUGGUUCUCAUGCUGGGAACAAGCUGGCCAUGCAGGAGUUUAUGAUUCUUCCCGUCGGGGCAGAAAGCUUCAAGGAAGCCAUGCGGAUUGGGGCGGAAGUGUACCACAAUCUGAAGAAUGUCAUCAAGGAGAAGUACGGCAAGGAUGCCACCAACGUGGGUGACGAAGGAGGCUUUGCCCCCAACAUCCUGGAGAACAAGGAAGCUCUGGAGUUGCUGAAGAAUGCCAUCAGCAAGGCCGGCUACAGCGAUAAGAUUGUCAUCGGAAUGGAUGUGGCGGCUUCUGAAUUUUACCGCGACGGGAAGUAUGACCUGGACUUCAAAUCCCCAGACGAUCCUAGCCGAUACAUCUCCCCGGAUCAGCUGGCUGACCUGUACAAGAGCUUUGUCAAAAACUACCCAGUGGUUUCCAUCGAGGAUCCCUUCGACCAAGAUGACUGGCCAGCCUGGAAGAAGUUCACGGCCGAGGCCGGCAUCCAGGUGGUGGGCGACGAUCUGACGGUGACCAACCCCAAACGCAUCAGCAAAGCUGUGCAGGAGAAGUCUUGCAAUUGUCUUCUUCUCAAAGUCAACCAGAUCGGCUCCGUCACCGAGUCGCUGCAGGCCUGCAAGCUGGCCCAGUCCAACGGUUGGGGGGUGAUGGUGAGCCAUCGUUCCGGAGAGACGGAAGAUACCUUCAUUGCGGACUUAGUGGUUGGUCUGUGCACCGGACAGAUUAAGACUGGUGCUCCUUGCCGAUCUGAACGUCUAGCUAAAUACAACCAACUUCUAAGAAUUGAAGAGGAGCUGGGGAGCAAGGCUCGUUUUGCCGGCCGGAAUUUCAGGAACCCCCGAGUCAACUAAAGGAAACGAGGCUGUCCCUGGACGAGGCUCAUUAGGAGGAAGACCCUUAGUCCCCUCUCCCCUUUAUUAGCGCCUGCGUUCGUAGCAAAAGGAAGGGCAGCUGACGGAAAUGGUUCGAUGUUUGCAAUCCUGUAAUGCUUCUCUCCCUCCGCCUGCCCCCCCCCAAUGCCUCCUUUCUCUACAGCGGUUGCUUUCAAGAAACAUGGGGGUGCUUGUGGGUGGAGUGGGUGGGGUGGGGUGGGGAUCAAGGCAGGACGGUUCGCUCGUCAUCUCAUCGCUGGGACCUGGGAGUGGAGACAUUCCCCCCCCCGCCUCCGAAUUAUACUGUAAACCAUUUUUUUUUUUGCUGCCUUUGCUUGAGAUGCUGAGUCGUUUUUUUCUUUUUCUCACUUUGCUGCUCUCCUCUUAUCCUCAACUCCUAUCUCCCCCUCCCCACUCCUCUUUAGUGUAUGAAAAAGAUUUGCAAAGCCAUCUGAGCUACCUGUUCACACACAGAAAAGAAGGAAAAAAAAACCCACCACCACCCCAGAAAUUAUCUUGUGAGGCAAAUAAAAAAACACAGAAACGCU